AUGUUUUUAAUUUUUUACGUAAACAGUAAAGCAGCGCAAAAAUGAAUAUAUCGCGAAAUUUCAAACUAAGUUUUCUAAACAAGUCCAUGAAAUAUGGACAAAUGAAUGAAAAAUACCAGAAAUCACUGGCGCAGCUGCGUCGAAAAACCACACAUGCCACGGCAACAAUUGGCGGGGACGGCCACUACGACCAAGAUGGGAAUGCACAGUCCACCGAAGAACGCACCACCCACUUUGGGUUCAGAAAGGUGAAAGAAAGUGAAAAGGAACAGAAGGUACACAAAGUCUUCGAGGAUGUUGCCAGCUCUUAUGACCUCAUGAACGAUGUUAUGUCGGUUGGCAUACACCGCAUAUGGAAGGACAUCUUCAUGGAUCGCUUAGGUCCUGUACAUGGCAUACGCCUGCUGGACAUGGCUGGUGGUACGGGUGAUAUUGCCUUUCGUUAUAUGCGCCAACUUGCUGCACAAGCAAAUCCAUUGAAUCGCGAAAGUCAUGUCACCAUCUCAGAUAUAAAUCAACACAUGUUGGAUGUAGGCAAGGAGCGCGCUAAACGACUACUACUCACAGAAGAGCAUCUGCCAAAUUUGAAAAUCAAUUGGCAACAAGCCGAUGCAGAGCAAUUGCCAUUUGACGAUGCCAGCUAUACGGCGUAUACAAUCGCAUUUGGCAUACGCAAUUGCACGCACAUUGACAAGGUAUUGCGUGAGGCAUAUCGCGUCUUGCAGCCAGGUGGACGUUUUAUGUGCUUGGAAUUCAGCCAUUUAACCAAUGACACACUACAGUGGCUUUACGAUCAGUACUCGUUUCAAGUGAUCCCGCCAAUGGGCCAAAUUUUAGCCGGUCAAUGGCAGCCCUAUCAGUAUCUGGUAGAGAGUAUUAGGCAAUUUCCGAAGCAAGAGGAUUUCAAGCAAAUGAUUGAAGAUGCUGGCUUUGAAAUGGUGCAAUAUGAAAAUCUCACAUUCGGCAUUGUGAGCAUACACUCGGGUUUUAAGCUAUAAAUUUUUAUAUUUGAUACACAUGCCAAGGCGUAAAUAAGUUAAAAAACAUAAUAUUAGUGGCAGCUAAUUUACAGAAUAAAUGGCGUUUUUUAAAUAUA